AUGACCCCAUUGGCCCGAUGUGACACCCUCCAUCGCUCAGGGCUGAGGAUUGUGCUGCUGGGAUGCAAAGAUGCUGGGAAAAGUUCAGCAGGAAACACCAUCCUGGGCAGAGAGGAGUUUGACCUGAGGAGAACUGCUCAGUGUGUGAAGAAACAGGGAGAAGUAGCAGGGAGGCAGGUCACUGUAGUCGACACUCCAGGCUGGUGGGCUAAUCAACCUGUAGAGAGGACUCUUGAGCUGGUUAAACAGGAGAUUGUGCUCAGUGUGUCUCAGUGUCCCCCAGGACCCCACACUAUCCUCCUGGUCAAACGGGGGGAUCAUUCAUUCACUGAGAAAAACAGAAGAUCAGUGGAGGAACACAUGGAACUUCUCAGUGAGAGAGUCUGGAGUCACACUAUAGUGCUGUUUACCCAUGGGGACUGUCUAGGAGACACAACCAUUGAGCAGCACAUUGCGAGAGAAAGGGAGGCCCUCCAGUGGCUUGUUGAGAAAUGUGGAAACAGGUAUCAUGUCCUCAACAAUGAGAACAAGGGUGAUGUCACUCAGGUCACAGAGCUGCUGGAGAAGAUAGAUGAGAUGGUGACAGGAAACAGACGAGGACAUUAUGAGAUAAAGAGAGAGAUACUACUGGAGAUAGAAGUGAAAAGGAAGGGAAAUAAGGAGAGGGCAAAACAGAGACUGAAGAAGGUUCAGGAACAGAGAAAGACCCUCAGAUCACCAAUGGGGAUUCAGGUCAUUGCCAUAUAUGACUGUGAGGCAGCUGAUGAAGAUGAGUUGAGCUUCUCAGAGGGUCAGCUGAUCAACGUGCUGGAUAAAGUUGACCCUGGUUGGUGGGAAGGAGAGCUCAACGGGGUCACAGGACUGUUCCCUGCCAAUUACGUCAAGAUUACCACCAUGGAAUCUGACCAACAAUGUGACUCCCUCCAUCUCUCAGAGCUGAGGAUUGUGCUGCUGGGAUGCAAAGAUGCUGGGAAAAGUUCAUCAGGAAACACCAUCCUGGGCAGAGAGGAGUUUGACCUGAGGACAGCUGCUCAGUGUGUGAAGAAACAAGGAGAAGUAGCAGGGAGGCAGGUCACUGUAGUCGACACUCCAGGCUGGUGGGCUAAUCAACCUGUAGAGAGGACUCCUAAGCUGGUUAAACAGGAGAUUGUGCUCAGUGUGUUUCUAUGUCCCCCAGGACCCCACACUCUCCUCCUGGUCAUACGGGGGGAUCAUACAUUCAAUGAGAAACACAGAAGAUCAAUAGAGGAACACAUGGAACUUCUCGGUGAGAAUGGCUGGAGUCACACUAUAGUGCUGUUUACCCAUGGGGACUGUCUGGGAGACACAACCAUUGAGCAGCACAUUGAGAGUGAAGGGGAGGCCCUCCAGUGGCUUGUUGAGAAAUGUGGAAACAGGUAUCAUGUCCUCAACAAUGAGAGCAAGGGUGAUGUCACUCAGGUCACAGAGCUGCUGGAGAAGAUAGAGGAGAUGGUGACAGGAAACAGAGGAGUACAUUUUGAGAUAAAGAUAAAUAUACUGGAGAUGAUGGAAAAGAAAUGGAAAGCAGAGGAAGAGAGAGCAAAACAGAGACUGAUGAAGGUUCAGGAACAGAGAAAGACCCUCAGAUCACCAAUGGGGAUUCAGGUCAUUGCCAUAUAUGACUAUGAGGCAGCUGAUGACGAUGAGUUGAGCUUCUCAGAGGGUCAGCUGAUCAACGUGCUGGAUAAAGUUGACCCUGGUUGGUGGGAAGGAGAGCUCAACGGGGUCACAGGACUGUUCCCUGCCAAUUACGUCAAGAUUACCACCAUGGAAUCUGACCAACAAUGUGACUCCCUCCAUCUCUCAGAGCUGAGGAUUGUGCUGCUGGGAUGCAAAGAUGCUGGGAAAAGUUCAACAGGAAACACCAUCCUGGGCAGAGAGGAGUUUGACCUGAGGACAGCUGCUCAGUGUGUGAAGAAACAAGGAGAAGUAGCAGGGAGGCAGGUCACUGUAGUCGACACUCCAGGCUGGUGGGCUAAUCAACCUGUAGAGAGGACUCCUGAGCUGGUUAAACAGGAGAUUGUGCUCAGUGUGUCUCAGUGUCUCCCAGGACCCCACACUAUCCUCCUGGUCAUACGGGGGGAUCUUUCAUUCACUGAGAAACACAGAAUAUCAAUAGAGCAACACAUGGAACUUCUCAGUGAGAAAGUCUGGAGUCACACUAUAGUGCUGUUCACCUAUGGAGAUUGUCUGGGAGACACAACCAUUGAGCAGCACAUUGAGAGUGAAGGGGAGGCCCUCCAGUGGCUUGUUGAGAAAUGUGGAAACAGGUAUCAUGUCCUCAACAAUGAGAGCAAGGGUGAUGUCACUCAUGUCAUAGAGUUGCUGGAGAAGAUAGAGGAGAUGUUGGCAGGAAACAGAGGAGGACAUUAUGAAUUAAAGAGAGAGAUUCUGGAGAAGAUAGACGUGUGGAGGAGAAAAAAGGAAGAAAAAGCAAAACAGUGGUGCAUGAAGGUGAAGAAACAGAGAGCGAUCCACCAAACAUUUAUAGGUGACUCCGUCCAUCUCUCAGAGCUGAGCAUUGUGCUGCUGGGGCAUAAUGUAGUUGGGAAGAGUUCUGCAGGAAACACCAUCCUGGGCAGAGAGAAGUUUGACUUGGAGACAACAGCUCAGUGUGUGAAGAGACAGGGAGAAGUAGCAGGGAGGCAGGUCACUGUGGUUGACACACCAGGUUGGAAUUGGACUGACCCUGUAGAGAAGAGUCUUGAGCUUGUUAGACAGGAGAUUGUGCUCAGUGUGUCGCUGUGUCCUCCAGGACCCCACACUCUCCUCCUGGUCAUACGGGUGGAUGUUUCAUUCAACGAUGAAAAGACAAGUGCUGCAGAAGACCACCUGGAGCUUCUUAGUGAGAGAGUCUGGAGUCACACUAUAGUGCUGUUUACCCAUGGGGACUGUCUGGGAGACACAACCAUUGAGCAGCACAUUCAGAGAGAAGGGAAGGCCCUCCAGUGGCUUGUUGAGAAAUGUGGAAACAGGUAUCAUGUCCUCAACAAUGAGAAGAAGGGUGAUGUCACUCAGGUCACAGAGCUGCUGGAGAAGAUAGAUGAGUUGGUGGCAGCCAACAGUGGAGAUGUGUUUUACCCUGAAAGAGAAAGUAAAGAAGAAAUUAACUGGAAACGUGAGAUAUGGGAGAAACCAUAUUUGACAUUAAAGGGAGCUCACAGCAUAGACCUUCCUCUGAGUAUGAGUGGAGACAGCAGACCUGAGACUGGAUAUGAUGGUUCAGAACAGAUGUCUGGGUUUGGAUCUGUAGCUGAAUCUCUGCUGAGGCUAGAGGUACCUGGAGAAUACAUAUCUGAUACCCAGUCUCUGAGAAGCUCUGUGUACAGCUCCCAGACAUCAGAACCAGUAUGUGAGCACAACUCUGGAUCAAAGAGUUCUAGAGCAACAUCCAGCUUGGAUUGCAUGAGACAGAAGACUCUAUACUCUAGUGGCAUAUUAAACCCUGAAUCUGUAGACAGCUCUGCAUCUACACCAGAGGAACAUACCCUUGCUGUUGUAACAAAAUUAACACCUGAAACAUCCACAGAAUUUAGAGAAACUACAUACAGGCUUCAGUGCUCCCAUGCAGGUCUGUUCCAGUGCAGUUUGACAGGGCUGGUGUUUCUGAUGAAGGGGGAAAUGGAGGUGCUGUACAGAACUGUCCAAUGGGAUGAGAAUCUCCUGCACUCCACAGGCCAGACUCCUGCAGGACCCCUGUUCAGUAUUGAGUGUCUUCAGGGGUCUAUCUGUCAGCUACAUCUCCCACACUGUGAGAUUCUCUCUGGAGAUGGUCUUGAUUCCCUGUCUGUGGCCCAUGUUACUGGUGACAGUGUGGAGGUUUUACCACCACUGAGGGUGACUGACACACACGUAGUGGUGAACAUCACAGACCUCUCCUUAUGGGGCCUGGUCAGAAUGUUUAUACCCUUCCUCUCGAUCAAGGGACAGGUGCUGCCUUUCCUCCAAUCAUUCAGCCAUCUUCGGUCAGUUCUGAAUGUGAUCGUCCUGCCAUCGAAUGUGCCCCUCAAUGAGGUGGAAGAGAAACAGAGAGCAUGCACUUACAUACCAGUCUGUUCAGACUGCACUCUUACUCGAGGAGAAACAUACAGUCUCUCCUGUGAUCUGAAGAAGAUACAGGACAUCUACCCUAAAGCUAAGCAUAUUCAGAUAUACUGGGGCUACGGUCCAAACUACCACCCCACCUUUCAGGUGUUCCUGAAACCAGACACAGAGGAUGUGGAACUGAGACUUCUGGAAAGAGGGGCUGAUGGAGAUGAGGUGUGGACGGGGCGUGUCCUUCUGCAAGAUGCUGUGUUGGUGGGAGGGGAUCAGGCUGGGACCAGUCAGAGGAGUUCUGCAGAGCAGCUGCUGUGUUCUAGGAGGACCGAGUUUGUAAAUCGAGUGUCAGGACCUGUGCUCGACAGUCUAUUGGACAGACUUCUGCAAUGGAAAGUUCUCAAUGAACUUGAAAUGGAGAAAGUGAAGGUGAUUCCUGAGAGGGCAGUGAAGGCACGUGAAGUCAUUGACAUGGUUCUGAAUAAAGGAGCUAAAGCAUGUUCCAUAAUGAAAACCCUUCUGGUUGAACUGGACCCCUUCUUUUGCAUAACACUUGGCUUCCACUCAAACAUGUUGGAGUAUGAGGCAUUGAUGAGCAUGGCCAAUGAUGUCUGCAUUCAAUGAUACAAUUGGUCUGAAGUUUGCAUAUUGAACUAAAUCUAUUUACCUUAACACUGCCGCCAUUGUUCAUUGACCAACAUUAAUUUUAUAACAGGGUAGGAUGUGAAGUGCUCUGUUGAAACUAAUGCAAAAACCUUCCUAAAGCGUGAUCUGUAGAUACAGAACCGCCUCACACCUACGCACUAGAAUUAUAUUAUUUGAUUUGGGAUACUCAGAAGAGCAAUGUUAGCACUUUGUCAUGUGUGCUGAUUUUAGACGGUAUAAGCUCUAUACCGUAUUUAUGUCAGAUAGUAUUUGACAUGAUAAUCACCUUCAUGAUUAGGUGGCACAUUAUGUGAUUGAUGUUUCAACAAUAAUAGCUAUUAAUUUUGAUUCUAUAAAUAAAAAUUACUUUAAUUUUGGUCAAAUAUUAAAAUAAAAUCUAUUUUCUUAUUUAAAUUUAUAUCAAUAAAGAUUUCCAAUUACUA